AUGGCCUCCCCGACGCGGCUGCCGCUGCUGUUCCUGCUGCUGGGCUGGGCUCUGGCCGGCAGCAUCGCGGAGGCAGCGGGGUCGUCUUCGAGGCGCCGCCGCCCGUCCUUCCACGGCCACGUGCCGGAGAACUGGCCGGCGGGGACGCGGGUGGGCGGCCUGAGCAUCCCCCUGACGCGGCUGGCGCGGCCGGAGCCGUGGUGCGCCAAGGUGCGCGGGCGGCGCUGGCAGCUGGAGCUGCUGGGCGAGGCGCACGGGCACUUCCAGGCGGCGCUGCAGGCGCGCUCGGGACAGGUGUGGCUGCGCACCCGGAGGCCCCUGGACCGCGAGGCCCGCCCGCGCUACUCCCUGCGCCUGGCCCUGCGCUGCCACCGCCGCGCUGCCCCCGCCGAGCUGGCUACACUCAGCAUCGCCGUGCUGGACGCCAACGACAACGCGCCCCGCUUCGCCAACCUCGGGCCCGCGUCGUCGUCGGUGCGGCGGCUCCGGGUAGCCGAGACGCUGGCACUGCGGGCGCCCGUGUGGCAGGCCCGGGCCCAGGACGCUGAUGCGGGCGCCAACGCCGAGCUGCGCUACUUCGCCCGCCCGCCCAGCGCCCACUUCUUCGUGGUGCCGCGCAGCGGGCGCGUUGUCCUAGUCCGCUCCCUGCUCCACCUGCGCGCCCCGCUCCCGCUCCGCCUCUUCGCCCGCGACCGCGGCCGGCCCGCCCUUCUCAGCGCCCCGCUCGACCUCGAGGUCCUGCCCGAGCCCGUCCAGCUGCCGCCCCCCGACGACGCUCCGCUCAGACGACGACGCGCCCUGCCCCCGCCGGAGCCUCCGCUGGCGUUGGCGCUGCCCGAGGACGCCCGGCCCGGCACCCUCCUGGCCAGCCUCCGCCCCGCCGCCCGCUUCGCCGCGCCCCGCUUCCAGCUCGUGUCUCCCCCCGCCGGGGAGGCCCCCGUCCGCCUGGACGCCGACACCGGAGAACUCACCUUGGCCCGCGGCCUGGACCGUGAGGCCGCCGCCCGCUGGGAGGUCGUCUGCCGCGUCCAGGACAGGACAGGAAAGAAUUGGUACCUGGUGCAUUUGGACCUCACAGUGACAGAUGUAAACGACAAUGUCCCUGAAUGGGCCAUGGAGCCUUUCCCUUACCUAGCAACUGUUUCCCCUAAAGCUGCAGCAGGCACAAAAGUGUACAAGCUCUUGGCUAAGGAUCAAGAUGAAGAUGAAAAUGGAGCCGUUGAGUAUUUUCUGGUGGAAGGUGGAGAGAACAGAUUUGAAGUUGAAAAAGAUACUGGCUGGAUCAAAACAACCGGUUUGCCUCUGGUGAAGGAGAGGGAAUAUUUGCUGACUGUGCUGGCAGCUGACAAACCAGGGCGCCAGGGUUCCCCAGCCUCAGUGUCUGUAGUCGCCGGACGUCGACCGCCACAGUUUGCCAACACGUCGUACUCCGUUUACGUCCCUGAAAAUCUGCCACUGGGAGAACCGUUCCUGACUGUGUCUGCUUUGUCACAUCAAAACAAGUCCCUGAGCUACAGCCUCCUAACUAAUCCGAACGGACUGUUCGGCAUUAACCAGGGGACAGGGGACAUCUACUUCAGUCGAAAUCUGGAUUACGAGAAUGGCCAGCACCAAUACCUCCUCCUGGUUCAAGCAAGAGAAAACCAGGGGCAGCUCAGCAGCACUGUUGAGGUUUGGGUUGUGAUCACAGACGUGAACGAUUGUGCCCCAGAAUUCCAGCAGUCGAUCUACACCAGAGACAACGUCCCCGAAACCGUGACUGUAACAACUGCACUUCUACAAGUGUCAGCCCAUGACUGUGAUUCUGAAGAAAAUGCGGAAAUCCUCUAUUACACCCUGAGCUCAGAGUUUAGCAUUUCCAGUCACGGAACCAUCUUCCCAGCCACAGAGUUGGAUUACGAGCGUCCUAAUCACCUGUAUGAGUUCGUAAUCAUGGCGGUAGAUAAAGGAGAGCCCCCAAGAACUGGGACAGCGACGGUCAGGAUCCGCCUCACAAACAUCAAUGACGAAGUUCCCAAGUUCUCACAAACAAUCUAUCGGAGUUUCGUUUCGGAGGAUGCAGGUCCAAACACGCUCAUAGCUACGGUUCAUGCCAUAGACCCUGAUGGAGAUGGUGUUGCUUACAGCAUUACUGGAGGGAAUCAAAAGGGAAACUUCAUUAUCGACCCUCAGAAAGGGUUAAUCCGCCUUCGCUCAAGCCCGCUUCCCAGGCUGCAGGGUCCGGAGUAUGUCCUUAACAUCACGGCUACAGAUGACAAUGCCUCUGGUGGACCUCGCUCUCUUACAAGCACCGCUUUGGUCAUUGUGCAUGUGGAUGAUGUCAAUAACAACAAACCUGUGUUUCAGAAGUGCCAGCAUUAUCGUGAGCAUGCCUCUGUGCUGGAAAACCAGCCAGUGGGAACCUUCGUGUUGCAAGUGGAGGCAACAGACGCAGAUGAAGGGUCCAAUGGCCAAGUGAAAUAUGGCUUGAUGCACAGAGAGGGCACCCUCCCCGCUUUUAACAUCCACCCUGACACAGGCAUCUUGACAACGCUUCAGAUAUUUGACCGGGAGAAGCAGCGAGAGCACCCCAUUACUGUGACAGCCACGGACCAGGCGGCCGAGCCCCUCAUUGGGAUCUGCCAGAUCAACGUUGUGGUCUCGGAUGUGAAUGACAACAGCCCCAGAUUUGAAAACACUCAUUAUGAAUAUUUCCUGAGAGAAGACACGAGUGUUGGGACGAGCUUCCUCCGUGUUGCAGCCCACGACGACGACUACGGCUCCAACGCUUCCAUUGCGUAUUCUGCAGCCGGUGGGAAAACGAAGUACUUCCAGGUCAAUCCUGCUACAGGCUGGGUUUAUGUCAACCAACCCUUGUUACAGAAAUCCUUUAUAACUCAACAAAUCAUAGCAAUGGAUGGAGGGAACAGGAGUAGCAAGGUUGAGCUUAGAGUUACCAUCACCAGUGCAAAGAACCAGCCCCCUCAGUGGGAGAGGGACAGCUAUGAGGUCGUCAUUCCAGAGAAUACAACAAGAGAUACUUCCAUUGUGACAAUUAAAGCCACGUCCCCCCUUGGCGACCCACGUAUCACAUACAAUCUCGAAGAGGGGCUGGUUCCGGAGACCAACAUGCCAAUCCGAUUCUACCUGACUCCCAACAGAGAUGAUGGUUCUGCAUCCAUCCUCAUAGCUGAGCCUUUGGACUAUGAAACCACCAAGUCCUUUUUGUUGAGGGUCCGGGCCCAGAAUGUGGCCUCGGUGCCGCUCGCUGCAUUCACCACCGUCUACGUUAAUGUGACAGAUGUCAACGACAACGUCCCUUUCUUCACCUCCUCAAUUUACGAAGCUUCUGUAACGGAAGGAACAGAGGUCGGGACUUUGGUUUUCCAAGUCUCUGCCACUGACCUCGACCUGGGCCAGAAUGGUGAGAUCACUUAUUCUCUGCUACCUGACCGCAGCGGCGACUACACGUUCUUCCGCUUGGAUUCGAAAACGGGUUCCAUCUAUACCGCCUCCGUGUUUGACAGGGAAAAGAAGGCGUCGUACCUCUUGGAAGUCAAGUCCACGGAUGGCUCAGAAUCAGCUCGCCCCGGAAAGCACGGCCAGCCAAAUACCGACACCGCCUACGUGCGCAUCUUUAUCAGCGACGUCAACGACAACAAGCCCAUAUUCACCAAGAGCGUCUAUGAAGUUAACGUGGAGGAAGACCAAGACGUGGGAUCAACUGUCACCACCGUCAGCGCUAAUGAUGAAGACGAAGGAACUAAUGCAAAGCUAAGGUACCAGAUAACAGCCGGAAACACCGGAGGAGCGUUUGAUGUUGAACCAGAAACAGGAGUCGUCUUCAUUGCACAGUCACUAGAUUACGAAGAAGCCCAGUUGUAUGAACUCCACCUGUUGGCUUCUGAUGGAAAAUGGGAGGAUUACGCCAUUGUAAUCAUCAAUGUCGUGAAUAAAAACGACGAAGCUCCUGUUUUCUCUCUCAAUGAAUAUUACGGGAGCGUGAUUGAGGAACUGGAUGGCCUUCCGGUCUUCGUUCUUCAGGUUGUAGCAAAUGAUCCGGAUAGCAUCUUGGAUGGAGGUGAUCUGAGAUACUCCUUGCAUGGACAUGGGGCAGAUGAUGUAUUUGCUAUCGAUGAGAACACAGGCAGCAUUUAUUCCCAGAAAAUGUUAGACCGCGAAGAGCGAGCCCUUUGGAGAUUUGUUGUGCUGGCAACGGAUGAAGGAGGAGAAGGGCUUACUGGCUUUGCAGAUGUGAUUAUAAACAUCUGGGAUAUAAACGAUAAUGCCCCCGUGUUCACCUGCAUGCCCAGUGACUGCAACGGGAGUGUCUUUGAAAGCUCACCUGAAGACACGUUCGUCAUGGAGAUGACAGCUGUAGACUUGGAUGACCCGAACGUGGGUCUCAAUGCAAUUUUGACUUACCGUAUAAUUGAGAGUGUGAAAAAUGACUUGGAUAUGGACUUGUUCAAAAUCAAUCCCAGUACUGGCAACAUCUAUGUGGCGGGAGGGAUGUUGGACAGAGAAAAGAUGGAAAAAUAUUUCCUUACCGUUGAAGCAAAAGAUGGUGGAGGACUGGCAGGGACAGGCACAGCAACCAUCUGGGUUGCAGAUGUAAACGAUCAUAUCCCUAACUUCACGCAGGAAGUCUGGCAUACUGUAAUCCCCGAAACCAUCGCCAUCAACUCAGAGGUUCUGGAAGUGUCGGCAACUGAUGAAGACAGCGGGGAAAAUGCUCACUUGACAUUCAGCAUUAUUGCUGGGGAUCCAGAACAGAAGUUUUACAUUGAAAGCCACAAGGAAGGCCACCACGCUACCAUCAGGCUGAAAAAGGCCUUGGAUUACGAGCAAAUCCACGAAAGGUGGUUCAACCUUACAAUCAAGGUGGAAGACCUAGAUUUCUCCAGCACUGCCUUUUGCUUGAUCGAAGUAGAAGACCGUAACGACCACAAGCCGGUUUUCAGUACUCAGUUUGUCCAGCUGAGCCCUUUCUUUGAAAACAUACCAGUGGGAACCACCAUAAUCACCGUGACGGCCACGGACGAGGAUUCUGGUUUGAAUGGGGAUACUGAAUAUUCCAUCCAGGUGGAUUCUGAUCCAGCCGGACAAUUUGCGAUAGACCAGGAUGGCCACGUGACCGUGGCCAAACCGCUGGAUCGCGAGGUCAUUCAGGAGUACCGUCUAAUAAUACAGGCUUCUGAUCAAGGCCUACCUGCCCAAACAGGAAGUGUUACGGUAUCGGUUGACUUACUGGAUGUCAAUGACAAUGGGCCAAGGUUUGAGGCCCCAUAUAUGCCUGUGGUCUGGGAAAAUAUGCCAGGGCCUCAGCUGGUUUCCAUGAGCCCUGCGUCUCCUCUCCUUUGGGCUUUUGACCCAGACAGUGAUGAGAAUGGGCCACCUUUUAUGUUUUUCUUGCCACCAGAUUAUCAGAAUUCUUUGGAUUUCUCUCUUACCGACAAUGGAAAUAAUACUGCAACGAUCACUGCUCUGAGGUCCUUUGACAGAGAGAAGCAGAAGCUGUUCCAUCUCCCCAUUAUUAUAACCGAUAGUGGGAGUCCCCCUGUGAGUUCCACAAACAUACUGACCAUAACUAUUGGUGACGAAAAUGACAACAGCCAUGAAGCUGGCCAUAAAGUGAUCUAUGUUUAUGUACACAGAGGAAAAUGGUCGACAACGGUGCUUGGGGAGGUGUUUGCACCCGACCAGGAUGACUGGGACAAUAAAACAUUUGUCUCUGAAGGAAAAAUGCACAAAUCUUUCAGGUUGAAUCAAAGGACUGGCUCUCUGCUUAUGGUGGAUAAUGCACCUCAGGGAACAUACGAGUUUAAAAUCAGAGUGUCAGAUGGAAUCUGGCCUGACGUCCUUGCAACUGUGCAGAUACAUGUCAAAGAGAUAGAAAACGAAGCCAUUCGGAACUCGGCGACCGUACGCCUGGCAGACAUGACUGCAGAAGAGUUCAUAAGGAAGGAUGAGCCUGAGGAGAGCAGGCAUGACAAGUUUAAGGAUCUUCUGGCAGGCAUCUUCUCGGUCCGCCUUGAGGACAUCGUUGUUUUCAGCGUGACAAAUAUAGACGGGAGACAGACCGACGUGAGAUUUGUGGUUCAAAACGGCUCCUCCUAUUACAGGCCAGAGAAACUGCUGGGGCAGGUAGCUGCCUUCAAAAGCAAGAUCCAGCUGGCUUUAGGCGUGAACGUUUCUCAGGUUGAUGUGGAUGAAUGCCACAGGACAGACUGCAGCGGCAGCAGCGGGUGCGUGAACUACAUCACGGUGAGUGACAUCCCCACAGUGAUGGACACCGGAAGUGUGUCACUUGUCUCCAUAACAACCAGCGCCAGCGCCGUCUGCACCUGUGCAGCUAGAGAGAGAGUCCACCGGUCUUGUAGCUCCUACUCUCACAACCCCUGUUUCAAUGGAGGAACUUGCAUUGACAUGCUGAAUGGUUACAGGUGCCAUUGUUCUGCUUCAUUUCAUGGACCAGAUUGCCAGCAGACAAAGCACAGUUUCCAUGGAAAUGGCUAUGCCUGGUUCCGCCCCAUCAGACCUUGCUUUGAUAGCUCCCUCUCCCUCGAGUUUAUUACCGAUGUUCCAGAUGGGCUUUUGCUAUACAAUGGCCCCCUGUCAGAUUCGGGACCUGGUAACUCAGAAAACUUCAUUGCAAUAGGUAUUUGCAUUUGA